CCCAAGUUCCGAUGACCUAAAUUUACGUUUCGCUCCUACCCCUCCACCAAAGGGCAAGAAAAAAGAAGGGCCACAGCCGUGACUACCGUACCAGGCCCGAAUAAAUCGUUAUUCAGACCCCACUUUCCAAACUUUCAACAACUCCCUCACCAGAAACGUCUCUUAUCGAGAAAUGUCAUGAUAAUAGAGGAAAGGAAAAGAGACGGUUUUUUUUUUGUUUCGUUUCUUCAUUGGUUAAGCUUCGGAGACCCUGCGCCGGAAAAAACAACGGUACACCGGCUGAGAAGGCGAAGAGGGGUGGAUAACUGGCGGUUGCUGCUGUUGCUGCUGUUGCUGCUCUCGCUGCUUUGGCUCUCCUGCUUCCCCCUUGAGAUGAAGCCGUAUUCUGACCCCACAACCCGCCGUUCACAGAGCGGAUAUCAAAAAACAUGUUGAGAAUGCCGUAUUAAUGGGCACGGUGAUGAUCGUAGGCGAACAGGUCACAGUAGUCAUCUUUCAUUGGUGGAAAAUGAGGCUGCAGGGUGCCACUUUCGGGCUAGCGCGGUCGCGCGCCCACUUUGCUUCUAAGUUAUGGCCGCAUCAAUCAGUCAGUCAGUCCGCCAGUCUCUCCCUCCCUCCCUCCUUCCCCCUCGUCACUCUCACCCUCCUCUUUCCGCCUCUUCUUUUCUCCCCUCCUUUGCCCUUUUUACUCCUGCUUCUUUCUCAACACAAAGUUAUUCCCACCGCCCCCCCGUCUGACGCUCCCCUAAGGACUCUUACACACUUGCCCGCUUCCCCCUCACGCCUAUCCAUGAAACUGUUGCUCACUCGUCCCCCCUCCUCUGUGGCCUUUCUUCUAUUCACUCAAUCUCUGCUAUUGUCCACUACACACUCGGGGCUUCUCUUCGCCAGCUUUUUGCUCGGUUUUUACUCUCCCCUUUCCCACUUCAUCCCCCCCCUCACCCCCCAUCUCCCAUUCCUCUACCUUCACCUCGCCCUCACCUUUUACGAGCCAGCAAUCAUGGUCUCUCCUCGCCGCUCUUCCCGCGCGCGCUCUACAGCAAAUCCAGCGCCAGUUUCUCACUCAUCCUCCUCCUCAUCGACCUCAUCGAAUCGUGGCCGCCUCCAAAAGCACCACGAAAAUGACUCUCAUGGCGACCACGAAAUGGGCCACUCCAGGCGUGGAGACCAAGGAGAGAUUCCUUUCGAAUCUCGUCUAGAAUCCACUGCAGAGGUCAACGGUACAGGCGAUGAAGAGAUUGACGAUGCAGGAUCACAGGAAGACGAAGUCACACGUUGUAUUUGCGGUCAUCAGGAGUACCAGGCUGGUGAUGACGAUCAGGCCGAUUCGGACGGUCUCUUCAUUCAGUGUGACCAGUGCCAUGUUUGGCAACACGGUUUUUGCGUAGGAAUCACUGACAGUGCGUCCACUCCAGAAAACUACUAUUGUGAGCGAUGUAAGCCCGAAUUGCACAAGCUGGGGACCAGUAAAUCUGGAAUGAGAACAUCCCUUUAUUUGCCAGUCCACUCAGAGCCGUCAUCACCCCUAAAUAACAAGGAAAUUCCUCACAAGCGUCGGACUACCAUGAACUCUCGUGAUGCCGAAUAUGAUGACGCUAUCCUCAAAAAAGUUUUAGAGGAAAGCAAGAACGACAAACUUUCUGGGAGUUCGACACGUGGAACCAGUUCAAGAAGCCGAAAACGAGGUACCAGUGAAGGCUCCGACGAACCAAAGCAGGAUUCGAAACGACGAAGAACCUCGGAUUCACCAGACACUCCAACCAAUGGGCCCAUCGAAUCAAGUGAUGAAAAACCUGGGAAAGGAAUUACAGCCCCCUGUUCGACCAAAAAGUCGCGAGGCGCAUCCUCUCGUCAUUCGAACGUAAAUUUAUCUGCUGCAGGGAAACGUACCUCGACUAGAAACAGGAACGGAGAUAAGGGUAAGGAAGCUAGAAAAGAAGAAUCAGAACAUUCAGACGAGUACCCUCCUCCACGUUCCAACAAUCGGGCAACAAACAAGCCUAUAGAAGAAGUUAUCCUCCCACCACCCACCGUGCAGACUGCGCCAGAUACCCCCCAACAGCCGGCCAAACGGUCUGCUCGCAACGGGAACACCAGUGGGCAUGGCGGACGUCGCCGUGUAAACCAUCGCCAUCGCCAGUCAGAAGAUCCAGGUGAUAAUGGUGGAGCUUCUCCUCAUGUCAUGACUCGAGAUCAUUCUUCUGCUGGGGGCAAUCAGGGUUCAAAACCCAUGGACCACGGCACCAUCAUUGAUAAGCCAACUAAGCCGAGAAUUCCGCAAGCAAGAAUGAGCAUAAACGAGAUGGGAAGGCGGGUUCGCGGCAUCUCGGACUUCAUCACUCGAACCCAGAUUGAGAUGGCAAGUUCAAGAGCAAGUGACAUCUAUGCCUACUUGGCUUGGAUGGAAGAGAAGGGAACACCCGUCAGCAAUGCCACUACGCCGCAAAAUCCAGAAACACCAACAUCGUCUUCUUCUGGUGACAAAACCCUUCCACAGAUUCAAAUCAACGGCAAUGGAACUGGGAAGAUAUUAGAAGAGGCAGCUGAGGCCCUGAGUUCAAACAUCCAACCGGGAGCCCUUGAGAUGAUGGAGCUUUUAUCAAGUAAAAUUAAUCGGUGGCAGCAGCAGUACGGAGAGAAGGCGUAA